AUGGAAGAGUUUGGGGCUGCCUUGGAAGAGUGUAACUUGAUUGACUUGGGUUUUUGUGGUUAUAAAUUCACUUGGAAUAACAAACGGCCUGGUGCAGCAAACACUAGAGAAAGGCUUGAUAGAGCAGUCGCAAACAAGGAGUGGCGGGAUAUGUUUCCGACAGGAACGGAUAAUAAUUUCCAAGGUAGAAUAGCUAGAGGCUUUAAAUUUGAAGAACGGUGGCUUUUAGAGGAGGAUUGUGGAAAUGUGGUUGAUGAAGCUUGGGCUCAGACGGGUGGGGCCGAUUCUCCUAUGGCCAUUGUUAGUGCUAAAAUUAAUCAUUGUGGGGCUGUUUUAGAUGCGUGGGGGUCGUCGAGGACAAAGCCUGAGGUGGCGGAAAUAAAAAGAUUGAAAAAAGUGCUUGAAAGGCUUCAUAAUGGCGUUCAAAACGAAGCGACCAGGUCUGAGUUUUUGGCAGCUAGUAAAUAG